AUGGAUUCUGGUAACAGUGGAAGCAUCUCUUCUAGCGAUGAAGAAUACGAUUCAUCACACGCUGAUCCAUCCUUUCUCAAUCAUUUCGGUUCCAUCUCCCACCCACAACCAUCCCUUGUUCCUUCUCAUCCCUCCAUGUUUGAUAUCUCCUCAAGCUACCUGAAUGCUCUCUCACAAUCCCACCCAAACCAAACCCCCCACGAUUCCUUGUUAAACUUGGACUACCAUGGCCAAAGAUCUGAACCCAAUUGCACUCUCCCUGAAGGCCUAACAUCAUCUUCAGCAGCCACAGCAACAACAAACCAAUGCUUGUCGGGUCCUCAACCCCUUGGCCACGACAACAUUAGUGCAAGACAACUCUCAUCACCACCACAGACCACCAACCUCGUACGCAAUUCCAAGAAACGAAGCCGAGCUUCAAGGCGUGCACCCACCACCGUUCUCACCACCGACACAACCAAUUUCAGAUCCAUGGUUCAAGAGUUCACUGGAAUCCCUGCACCUCCUUUUUCACCUUCCUUCUCUCGCCGCCUCCCUCUGCGCCCAAACCCUUUGCUUUCAACUUCUUCAAGGACCUCGUUACACAACAACAACACCAUCAAUCUUUCUCCUAAUAAUAACUCCAUUAACUACCAACAACUUCCUGAUCUAUCAUUACCCUAUCAGCCUCCACAGAAUAUCAUGCAACAUCACCUUAUUCCGACAUUCAACCCCUCUUAUUCUCUUCAACCUCUUGUCCCUGCAGGGUUUGGUGCAAAGUCUUUAUUCAUGCCCACGCUUGAUGGGCAUGAUCUGGUGGGUGCACAGGGUCAUGAACACGUGGUAUCUGAGGGCAUGCUUCUGAGGAGUGGCAGUGACGGUGAUUGUAGAGAUGGAGGCAGCAUUGGAGGAGGGAGAAGAGACUCGUUUAGGUGCCUGGAUGGGAAUAACUAUGGUGGCUGCAAACUCAACAUCUCGGUUUCUGCGUCGAGCAGCAUGAACCAUGAGAAGAACUUGGAGAAAGGUAACUCCCCUAGGGAAGGUGUCGUGGAGGCGUGGGUUUGUUCCUCUGAUCAAUAG